AUGUCUCCCAAACCCUCCAUCAUCAAAUCAAACUGCAACCCUUUUGAUGAAAUAACAUCACUCUUGCAAAAAUGCAAACACAAAGACCAUCUCCAUCAAAUCCAUGCACGCAUCGUCACCACAGGCCUCGUCCGCAAGCCUUCUGUAGCAAGCAAACUUGUUGCAUCUCUUGCCUCCAUUCCCCUCCCCGCCACAAACUCCGCCGCCCGCUCGAUCGCCGACGGAGUCAAGGGUCUCGAUUCCUACACCUGGAACACCAUCAUCAGAGGUCACUUGGCGGGGAAUCAACCAAAAGAAGCGCUUUUGGUUUAUUCCCAUGUCAGAGGGAAGGGUCUGGAGGUGGAUAGUUAUACCCUUCAGUUUGCUAUCAAGGCCUGCCGCCUGAUGCCAUUGGUUCUUGAAGGGAAGCAGUUACAUAACCAGAUUUUGAAACUGGGUUUUGGCUCCGAGAUCAUAAUUCAAACUUCCCUUGUGAAUUUGUAUGGUUUUUUCGGUGAGCUUGAUUGUAUGCAGCAAGUGUUUGAUGAAACGCCUCAGAGAGAUUUAGUCAUGUGGAAUUCGGUUGUUGCUGCAUAUUCUCAGCACAAUUUCCCUUACAUGGCACUUGCAGUUGCCAGUGCCAUGGCCCGUGAAGGUUUGAGACUAAAUGGGUCGAGUGUCGUUAGCUUGCUUUCCGCUUGCUCGUUUUUGAAGGCGAUAAGGAAAGGGAAGGAAGUUCAUGGCUAUGUGAUUAGAGGACAGCUUGUCGAUAAUCAUGAUGUUUUUGUUUACAAUGCUUUGAUUAGUAUGUAUUCAAGAUGCGGGGUUUUAUCAAGUGCUCGUCGGAUAUUUCAAACGAUGCCUAUGAAAAAUGUGGUUUCUUGGACUUCUAUGAUCAACUGUUAUAGCGAUAACGAUCAUCUGAAGGAGGCAUUCUGGUUGUUUGAACAGAUGGAGUCUGAGAAAAUAAAACCAGAUGAGAUUACCAUUUUGGGAGUUAUUUCAAUGUCCUCGAAGUUUCGAAGCUUCAAGAUCGCCGAGUGGAUUGACCGUUAUGUCGAGAGAAACGGGUUUAGAAGUACAGGGAGCAUUGCCAUGUUAAAUGCACUGAUGGACAUGCAUGCCAAAUGCGGGAACAUCAAGAAAGCUUGUGAAAUUUUUUAUGGCAUGGAACAGAAAUCGUUAAUGUCUUGGACUACCAUCAUACACGGACUAGCGAUGCACAGCGAUGGAAAGCAAGCGCUGGCUAUGUUCUCUCAGAUGCAAAGAGAAGGGUGUAAACCAGAUGGGGUUGUAUUCCUCAACAUAUUGUCUGCCUGCAGCCACGCAGGAAUGGUGGACGAGGCGCGGAAUUGUUUCAAUUCAAUGGUAAACGAUUGCCACAUGAAACCGCGGAUGGAGCACUACGGUUGCAUGGUUGAUCUACUAUGCAGAGCUGGAUUGGUGAGUGAGGCAUUUGAGUUUGUUCAGACCAUGCCGGAUAAACCAGAUACGAUGAUAUGGCGAAUGCUGCUCGGGGCAUGUCAAGGCCAAGGAGAUGGUAGUUUAGCAAGACGGAUUUUGAGCCAGUUACGUGAGAUAGGGCCGAAAAACAGCAGAGACUACGGACUGCUAUCAAAUUUGUAUGCCGCCAUGGAUGAAUGGGAUAAUGUGAAGGAGAUAAGAAGGGAGAUGAAGGAGAAGGGAGUAAUAAAAGAGGAUCCUGGGAGCAGUUCAAUUGAGGUUUAUUAA